AUGCCGUCCGAGCGUCAUCCUCUCCUAUCCAACCGCGGCGAGUCCGCCGAGAUCGCCCAGCAAAAGGCGGCCCUGCGCUCUUCACGCAUCCGCGAGAUUGCCUUCUUUGCCUGGGGCCUCCUCGCAACAGCCGCCUUCAUUGUCGCUGCCGUCUGGAUCCAGCACGAUGCGCAAACCGGCCGCGGCAGCGACGACAAGGUCGCCGCGAAGCGGAACCUCGUCUUCAUGGUGUCCGACGGCAUGGGGCCGGCCUCGCUCUCCCUGACGCGCAGCUACCGCCAGUUCAUCAACGACCUGCCCGAGAACGACACGCUCGUCCUGGACCAGCACUUCUGGGGCACCAGCCGCACCCGCUCCAGCAACUCCCUAGUCACCGACAGCGCUGCCGGCGCCACUGCCUUCUCCUGCGGUCUCAAGAGCUACAACGGCGCCAUCUCCAUCCUGCCGGACUUUGAGCCAUGCGGAUCCGUCAUGGAGGCUGCCAAGAGAGUUGGGUAUACCACGGGGUUGGUUGUUACCACCGAUAUCACCGAUGCCACGCCCGCGACCUUCGUCAGCCACGUCCUGAGGCGAGAGAUGCAGGACUCGAUUGCUCUGCAAGAGAUUGGCGAGGGUGUCUUGGGCCGUUCCGUCGACCUCAUGCUCGGCGGAGGCCGCUGCCACUUCCUGCCCAACUCCACCGAGGGUGGAUGCCGUGCGGAUGAGGUGGACGUUACGCGACUGGCCCAGGAGAAGCACGGCUGGGGCUACACCGAUAACCGCCAUGGCUUUGACGCUCUUGACGGCGGCAACAAGGUCAAGCUUCCUUUUCUCGGUCUCUUUGCCGAGAGGGACGUGCCUUUUGAGAUCGAUAGACAGAAGCAGAACGAUGUUUACCCCAGCCUGAGCGAGAUGGCUACCACGGCCCUACGAGCUCUCGAAAAGGCGACCAAGGACACGGACAAGGGCUUCUUCCUCAUGAUUGAGGGCAGCCGCAUUGACCAUGCCGGCCACUUCAACGACCCUGCUGCCCAGGUCCGCGAGGUGCUGGAAUACGACAAGACGUUCAAGGCCGUCCUCGACUUCAUCGCCAGCAGCGAGACUGAGACCGUGCUCGUAGCCACCAGCGACCACGAGACCGGCGGUCUCGCCACUGCCAUCCAGGAGCCCGGCCAUUUGCCAGUGUACAACUGGUACCCUCGCGCCCUGGCCAAGGCCUCCUCGUCUACCGAGCACCUCGCCGCGAAGCUCCGCUCGCAUGCCGCGUCCAUCGGUUACUCCAACUCCAAGGACAAGAGGAAGGCCAAGGCAGACCUCAAGAAGUGGAUCAACAAGGAACUCGUCGUGCCCGGCCUCGGCAUCUCCAACGCCUUCGACGAGGAGCUCGAGGCCCUGGCGGACAACGCCGAGGCUUCGCUCGAGAUCUUCUCCGCCAUGAUUUCCCUGCGCGCGCACGUCGGCUGGAGCACCCACGGGCACACCGCCGUCGACGUCAACAUCUACUCGUCUGGCGGGCCCGGCACGCAGGCGAUCCGCGGCAACGUCGAGAACACGGAUGUCGGCAAGUUCUUGCGGCACUACCUUGAUGUGGGCGAGCAGGUGGAGGAGAUUACGAAGGAACUGAGGGAGAAGACGGAGAAGCCUGGCGAGGGCGCGAAGAAGAUGGCCCUUGAGCAGAAGAGCGUUGUAGAGCCUUAUCACGCGCAUGAGAUUUAG